GCCGUGGCAGCGCGGGCCCGAGGGGCGGCUGCUACGCGGAUCGGCUUGGUGGCGGCUGCGGCCCGGGGCCCGCGGCCCAGCAGAGGAGGCGCCGGACGACCGAGCCGGGCCGCGGGGAUGCGGGACCGACUGGCCGAGCUGCGGGCGUGUAAGACAGAUGAAGAUGAACACCCCAGCGUGGUGGUCGUUGAGAAGGACCAUUUCAUGGACGAUUUCUUCCACCAGGUCGAGGAGAUCAGACACGGGAUAAUGCGGAUCUCACAGCACGUGGAGGAGGUCAAGAAGAACCACAGCAUCAUUCUCUCGGCACCGAACCCAGAGGGAAAGAUAAAAGAGGAGCUUGAAGAUCUGAACAAAGAAAUCAAGAAAACUGCAAAUAAAAUUCGAGCCAAGUUGAAGUCCAUGGAGCAGAGUCUGCAGCAGGACGAGAGCGCUGGCCGCACAUCGGCGGCCCUCCGGAUCCAGAGAACCCAGCACUUGGUGCUGUCGCGGAAGUUCGUGGAGGUCAUGACGGAGUACAACGAGGCGCAGACCCAGUUCCGGGAGCGCAGCAAAGGGCGCAUCCUGCGGCAGCUGGAGAUCACCGGGAGGACCACCACAGACCAGGAGCUGGAGGAGAUGCUGGAGAGCGGGAACCCAUCCAUCUUCACAUCUGAUAUCAUCUCAGACUCGCAGAUCACCAGGCAGGCCCUCAGUGAGAUCGAACUGCGCCAUAGGGACAUCCUGAAGCUGGAGGGCAGCAUCCGCGAGCUGCACGACAUGUUCCUGGACAUGGCCAUGUUUGUGGAGACCCAGGGUGAGAUGAUCAACAACAUAGAGAAGAACGUGGCGCAGGCCACGGACUACGUGGAGCACGCGAAGGAGGAGACCAAGAAGGCCAUCAAGUUCCAUAGCAGGGCGAAGAGGAAAAGGUGGAUCCUGCUGGCCGUGGCCACGGUCCUGGCUCUACUGAUCGUCCUCAUUGUCACGCUGUCGGUGACCAAGUGA